AUGAGCGUAGAGAUUGUACUUCGGCUUCUGGAGGCUGGCAUGUUUGCCCCCUUAGAGAUGCGCCCGGCUAGUAAUGACUUGCCCAAACAUGCCGAGGUGCACAUUGCCAUUUCGAGUGACAUUGGCGUUCGUCUUCAUGUGUGGAAGAACUCUUUUUUCCUUCUGUGCAUGACGGAAUGCUACUUGAUCAACGAAAGCAACGCUGAAACGUGUAGCGAUGUGCAGGGCGCGGGCGCUGGCCCGCCUCUAUCGAUUGUCAAGAUCGGCAUCGCCUACGUUGGCGUCUGUACCUGA